AUGCUGAAGACAUGGUGCCUGGCAGCUCUGUGCAGCUAUGUGGCACUCACUGGCGCUCAAAAAGAGUCUGCCACUGCAGUGCUCAGGAUGAACAAAGAGGUACUUAGCAAUGUCUUUUCUGGUACCCUUGAGCAAGGAGAUGCUCUACGAUCAGCCCUGAGAGAGGUUCCACUUAAUGGCAAUGGUGUUGGCGGUGUUCCCUAUAAUGACUUCCACCAUCGAGGGGAGCCCACGAGAUUUACCGAUGGCAAGCAACUUGGAGGAAAAUACAAAUAUGGCCUCGUUGAGUCCAAUGAAAAUGGCGCUCAGCUUGGAGGCAAAUACAGAUAUGGUGAAAUAAUAGAACCAGACGGGAGCCUCAGGGAUCUUCGAAAUGUCAAUAAUGCUUAUGGAGGUGUUAAAUAUCGUAGCGGUCGUUCUUCUAGGUCUGUUGAAGUUACAGCUGGUAGAAAUAAAUUUCGUGAACUGCGCCCUGGAGAGAUUCCUCCUGGUGUGGCCACUGGGGCUCUAGGUCCAGGAGGGCUAUUGGGCACAGGAGGAAUGCUGGCUGCAGAUGGCAUCCUGUCUGGACAGGGAGGUUUGCUUGGUGGUGGUGGUCUUCUGGGAGAUGGAGGCCUUCUUGGAGGAGGAGGUGUUCUUGGUGUCCUUGGCGAAGGUGGCAUCCUCAGCACUGUCCAGGGAAUCACAGGGUUGAGAAUUGUAGAGCUCACGCUGCCCAGAGUGUCUGUGAGGCUCCUGCCCGGUGUGGGAGUUUACCUGAGCUUGUACACUCGAGUGGCCAUCAACGGCAAGAGUCUCGUCGGCUUCCUGGACAUUGCCGUAGAAGUGAAUAUCACUGCCAAAGUCCGGUUGACCAUGGACCGGACAGGCUAUCCCCGGUUGGUCAUCGAGAGAUGUGACACCCUUUUGGGAGGCAUCAAGGUCAAACUCCUUCGUGGCUUGCUCCCUAAUCUUGUGGAUAACUUAGUAAACAGGGUCCUGGCCAACGUUCUUCCUGACUUGCUCUGUCCAAUUGUGGAUGUCGUGCUGGGGCUUGUCAAUGACCAGCUGGGUCUUGUGGAUUCCUUGAUACCACUCGGUAUAUUAGGAAGUGUUCAGUAUACCUUUUCAAGUCUUCCGCUGGUGACUGGUGAAUUCCUGGAGCUGGACCUAAAUACUCUUGUUGGAGAGGCUGGUGGAGGUAUUAUUGACUAUCCAUUGGGCCGACCAGCCUCUAUGCCAAAGCCUCAGAUGCCAGAAUUACCGCCCAUGGGUGACUCGACCAAUUCUCAACUUGCAAUUUCUGCCAACUUCCUGGGCUCAGUGUUGGCUCUCCUGCAGAAGCAAGGUGCACUGGAUAUAGAUAUCACUGAUGGCAUGUUUCCUGAGCUCCCUCCUCUAACCACAUCCACUCUGGGGGCACUGAUCCCUAAAGUUUUCCAGCAGUAUCCUGAGUCACGACCAUUAACCAUCAGAAUUCAGGUCCCCAAUCCUCCUGAUGUCUCUUUACAAAAAGAUCAGGCCGUGGUGACUGUCUUUGCCACUGCAGAAGUCAUGGUGUCCCAGCCAAAUGAUGUGGAAACUACCAUCUGCCUUCUUGACGUGGAUGCUCAACUCUUGGCCUUGUUUUCUGUGGAAGGUGAUAAGCUUAUGAUUGAUGCCAAGUUGGACCAGACAACACUAACCUUGAAAACUUCAAAUGUGGGCAAUUUUGAUGUCGGCUUGAUGGAAGUGCUGGUGGGCAAGAUUUUUGACCUUGCGUUCAUGCCAGCGAUGAAUGCUGUGCUAGGCUCUGGAGUCCCUCUUCCCAAAAUAUUGAACAUUGACUUCAGCAAUGCCGAUAUUGACGUCUUGGAGGACCUCCUUGUGCUGAGUGCGUGA